GGAGAGGAACAACACCAAUUUGCAUACCAUUUCUCUCCCUCUCUUUUUCUCUCUCUUCAGCUCCAAAGAGAGAGUGGCCAAAGGGAAAAACCGACCUUCCAAAAACAAAACAAAACAAAACAAAAAAUAUGGACAAAAUGCAUCUUACUUUGAUGGUUGCCACCCUGAGCUGCCUAGUUUUGAUGGAAUCCGUGAAUGCAUUCACUCAUAUUGUCGGUGGGAACCACGGUUGGAGGGUGCCCGACAACAAAACCUUUUUUCAAGAUUGGGCUAAACCCAGAACCUUUGGUGUCGGAGACAAACUUGUUUUCCCGUACCGACCCGGCGCCAACAACUUAAUGGCAGUGAAGAAGCCAGAUUUCGACAAGUGCGAGCAAGAUGACCCGAUCAACAUGUACUUCCAAGGCCCAACCAUCUUGGAGCUCACCAAGCCUGGCGACUACUACUACUACGAUGGCAUUGGGAAGCACUGUGAAGCUGGCAUGAAGCUCCACAUUGUAGUUGGCACCAAAGAGGGAAGCUCUGGUGAGAAUAUGCCUUUCAAGCUUGACACUUUUGUCAUUCGUACCUCCUCUCUCACUACCACCUCCGCCGCCACCGCCCCGGCCGCUGCCGCCUCUGGCCCCUCUGCCACCGUCUUCGCUGCUUCCUCUGGCCCCUCCGCCACCGUCUCCGCUGCCUCCACUGGCCCCUCGGCCUCUGCCUCCGCCACCGCCGCGGCUCCGAAGGCCUCCGCUGCCACUGCCACUCACAAGCUUGGCUUCGGAGUAAUGUUGGUGGCCAUGGCUUUGUCGAUGUUCCUGCUCGUUUGA